CAUGCAGUACUCCGUCACCCUCGUCGAGGAGGGCGAGGAGACGGUCAUCGAGUGCCCCGACGACGUCUACAUCCUCGACCAGGCCGAGGAGGAGGGCCUCGACCUCCCCUACUCGUGCCGCGCGGGCGCCUGCUCGUCGUGCUGCGGCAAGGUCACGGCCGGCGAGAUCGACCAGUCGGACCAGUCGUUCCUCGACGACGACCAGAUGGGCGACGGCUUCGUGCUCACGUGCGUCGCCUACCCGGCGUCGGACUGCACGAUCAUCACGCACGCCGAGGAGGAGCUCUUCUGAGCGCG